GGCCCAAGCUUGGCGAUAAUGGAUGGCUCAUAUGGCGAACGUCCAAAGGUACAAGAGCUUAGGAAACAAGCAGGUAUGAUUCCGCUUUCGAUCAUCCUAUCCCCCGACCCCCUAAGAAAAAAUAAAAUAAAAAUAAAACAUCAAUCUUAUAUUACUAUUGAGCAACUGAGACUGAAGGAAGAACUUUUAAGUCGAUUGGCCUCAGUGCUUCUACCACAACUUCGACUGCAAUGUACCAGUCUUUCACACCAGUAUGCCGAGCUAUCUUACGUGCCGGAAGCGCCGGAAUCAACUGUCAAGCUCAUCUCAGAAAUCCAGGCCAAUCUUCAUCUAAAUCUUGCCCAGAUCAUCCAGACUAUCAAUCAACUCAUUCCAUACGAAAUCCCAGCACCUGAGAAUCGCACUCAUGAUCAAGACUUUAAUCGACUCAAAAUAUAUAGAAUUUACCGUCUCAAUCAUAUCAUUAGGAACGAUUUGAAAAUUCAUCUUGAAAGCUUAUUUCGCAAGUCGAUCCAAAUUCUUCGAGAAUUCGGAAUCUCAAGCCACGAGGAAAAACAUACGAAUACUAUGGAAUCUAUCUUGAUUGAUAUCAGCGAAGCAAUCGAUUCGGCAAUAGAACCCGCCAGACAACCACAGAUUGAACUUGGCAGAGCCCUCAUCCCAAUCUUCAAACUCUCAAGACUAUUUUUCAAGAAAUUACAGCAAGAGAAAAUCGAGAAGAAAGGCGCAGGAUUGUUCACAGAGAUGUGUUCCAGUCAACUGUAUUCUCUAGAGCGGUCGAUCCGAGGCAUCCCUCAAUCGAUUUCCAGUUUGAGGCAUACAAUCCAAGAUGCUGGUCAAUCAAUCCCAGUCUCUGCAACUGCUUCCCAGGUCAUGUCAAAACUCAGGGACAUCAUUGAUUAUUUCCAAUCUUUUAUCUUUCUCAUACAUCUCUAUGUUCUACCUAAUCUCUUCCCUCCUGAUAACUCAAGCAAUUUGUCCUCUCAACUUUAUUUUCAAAAGUGGUGUGUUACUUGGACUACAUUGCUCCUUAAAGCGGCCUAUAAUGCCACCCAAGCUGCCCAAUCAUUUAUAGAUGGUUAAUUGAAUCCCCAACUCUUUUCGUUCAUCUAGUGCCCUACUGGUGAUCAAUGCCUUCUUCUUUUCCCUCUUUUUUUUAAAAAAA